UCUAGUCCAACCCACUGCUCAAGCAGGAGAGCCUUUAGAGCCUCUAGACCAUUUUCAAUCAAUCAAUCUGAAUAGAGCUGGAUGGGACCUUGGCAGUCUUCUAUUAGCUGUUCAUUGUACAGUUUAGCCCCCCAGAUCAUCUUCGUUGCUCUUCUCCACACGCUUUCUAGGAUCUCAACAACUUUUUCGCGUUCUGCUUGUCCAGACCUGGACGCAAUAUUCCAAGUCUGGGCUCACUAGCGCACUAUAAAGGGGUGGCCUUCUUCUGGUGGUCUUGAUGCUGUCUCUCUGGUUGAUGCAGCCAAGGGAUGCGUUGGCUUUUAUGGGCAGAAAGAGGACAACCUAGAAGUCCACAGAGGUUGGAAGAAACACUUGUUGGGCUCCGAAUCUUGUCUUCCUCCACAGCCUCCCACAGAGCACAUUGAGCACGAGAAGUUUUGAGUCACGGGGGGGACGACUCCCGAUUUUCUGGCCUACAAUCAAAGUAGGCACCUGGGUGACUUCCACAUUCCAACCAACACUGUUGGAAACCGCCUUCCUCGGGCACAAUUAUCCCAUGGAUUGAGACAUCUGCACGUGGAGGUGUGCACAGCAGCCAGGAAUCACUUCACAAACAAGCCAGCAGCUUGAGAAGGAAGGCAUUCUGGAGAACUUCUGAAGAAGUUCCAUCGUCUUGACUCGUGGUCUCCGUCUUGGCUUGGCCAUCUCCCAACAAAAUGGGGUAUCUUUUGGCCGUUCUCUAUGGCGGAGUUGCUGCCCUAGGGCUGGCCAUUUUAUUGCUGACCUCCUGGAGCAUUUAUUACGAUUUCACGCGGACCAAGAUCCCGUCGGGAUUGCGCCACCCGUUUAAGUUGCGUCUCCUUCACGUGGGGAUCGUGAUGAUCUUCACCCUGGGGAAGACCUUGGAGAUUCUGCGCCUUUGCAAGCAAGUCGUUUUCAUCCGAUUCCUGAUCACUUUGAAGAAAUCUAAGAUCCAUCCAGGAGUUUCCACCAAAGAUUUUGUCUUUGAUGAGAUCCCGGUCCGGGUUUAUUACCCCAAAACUUCCUGGGCUGGCCGGAGAAAAGGGUUCGUUUUCUACCACGGAGGAGCUGGCAUGAUCGGGAGCAUCCGUUACUACCAAGACAUCACCAGUAAAAUUGCCAAGGAGAGUGAAGCCGUGGUGGUCGUGGUUGGCUACCGCUUGUCCCCGGAGCACGCCUUCCCCACUCAGUGGAAGGACUGUUUGGCCGCCACCGUGCACUUCAUGAAACACGCCGAGGAGCACGGCGUUGACCCUUCCCAGAUUGCCAUCGGGGGGGACAGCGCAGGAGGCAACUUCGCCACCGUAAUCUCACAAGAACUUCUCGGACGCCCGGAUCUCCCCAAGCUUCGCGCUCAGGUCCUCAUCUACCCCGGACUCCAAGCGCUGGACUUCAACCUCCCGUCGUACCAGCAGAACGCGGCGGUUCCAAUCUUGUUCCAGGACAGCGUGGUGUACUAUGGACUGAAGUACUUCUUGAAAGAUUCCUCGCUGGUCGACGAUAUCCUGAAGGGCUCUCAUGUGCCAGAUGCCUUUCGGCAGAAAUGCGAAAAGUGGCUCAGUCUGGACAACAUCCCGGAGAAAUUUAAACGCCGCAAGUAUGAGAGACGCCCGUUGGGUCCGUUCAAGCCGGAGGUCCACAAGCAAGUGCCAUUUCUCCUCCAGACUACCUUUUCGUCGCUGUUUGUCGAAGAUGCUAUCUUGAGACAGUUCCCGGAGACUUUUAUUGUGAGUUGCGAGUACGACGUGUUUCGGGACGACUCUCUGUUGUACAAGAAGCGGCUGGAGGAGAACGGAGUGAAGGUCACCUGGUUCCACGCCGAGCAAGGCUUCCACGGGAUCAUCAAUCUCUGCCAAUUGAGUCUCAUCCAGUUUCCCGCAGGGGUGGAGAUCCUGGAGAAGGUGGCCGACUUCGUCCGCGGUUUAUGAGACACCCAGACCCUUCUCGCAUCGCUUUAAAGUCCCAGGGCUACAACCAGUGGUGGGAUUCAAAUAUCUGAACAACCAGUUCUCUGCAUGGUUGCAGGCCUGGGCCUCUGAGGCCUAGAACGGACUUCCAGAAGUGGCAUCCACGCACUUCCAGCGGGCUGUUCUAGGCCUGGGAGGCCUCCUCCAGGGCUCUGAGGCCUAGAACGGACUUCUGGAAGUGGCAUCCAUGCACUUCCGGUGGGCCUAGAAUGGCCCACCGGAAGUUUUCCACCAUUUUACAACUUAAAUCACUAAAUAACAUAACUUUUGGCCUCAGUUGUUGUCAUAACUCGAGGAUCCUGCUUUCCAACUGUGGAUCAACCAUUUGUGCUUUCUACCACUAGGUGGCAGCAAAUAGCAAGGGAUCCGCUCAUUGCUCACCUGCUUAUUCCACUGAUGAAUAAACCGAAGAAUUAAGUUUUUCUGAUUCUUAUAAUGUGGAUAAAACCAAGUUAUGCUACGCUGAAAUGAAAUGAAAUAUAAAAGAAAACAGCCUACCAGGGAUAGGAUUAUAGGAACAGAAUCUUGGAGGGUCAAGCCUGAGUUGCAUUUUCAAAUUAUGUCUCCUGCUUGAGGAAGGGGUUGGACUAGAAGACCUCCAAGGUCCCUUCCAGCUCUCUUAUUCUGCAUGAAAGUGUCUCCUGCUUGAGAGGGGGCUGGACUAGAAGACCUCCAUGGUCCCUUCCAACUCUGUCUUUCUGUCAUUCUGCCCUGUCCUUGUCCUCUAAUUUCCCCACUCCUUCCUUCGUCAGCAACCUCGACUGGACUACUGCAAAGCCAUCCGUGUGGAGCAGCCCUUGAAGGCGAGCGUGGCCACAAUUUCGGCAACGCGGCUUCUGUCCUCGUUCUUAUUUUGAAAGGCCAGGUUUACUUUAGAUAAGAUCUUAGCAGCCCUAUCGCCCAGAUUGUGCUACGUGUGAGCAAGCGCCGUGUCCGUCAAUACGACUAACUCGAUUACUGAUUAGCUCUCAGGCGUAAUUUGCAGACUCUGAAUCAUUCAACAAACAAACGUGUUUAAUUUGAUUUAGAUCCUCAGCCACGUGAAACUAAAGUCUAAACAAAGUUGUGUGUGUGGAUGCUUCUUCUUCUUCUUCUUCUUCUCCUCCUCCUCCUUCUCGUCAUCCUUCUUUCUCCUCCAUCUCUCUUCUUCU